AUGUCGCACCGAAGGCCCCAUGCUUUCAAGAUAUUGUGCCCGGAGCCGCUAGCCUCGGGCGUGCUCGGGCACCGAGGGAGCACCAAAGACCGCAUCCAGGAUGAGUGCCACUGCCGCCUCGUCAUGAGCAAUCGCGACGAGUUCUACCCUGGCACACGCCUGCGGUUGGUGGUGAUCCAAGCUGAGGAACAGCUCUCGAUCCUCAAGGCCCUAGACAGGGUGCUGGACCUGCUGGCGGAGUGCGCAGAGACCGAGCGUCAGAACCCGAACGGCCGCACUGCUGUGCAAGGCGAGCCCGAUUUCCUGGGCAAGGAGCAUGGGGAGCUGGUUUUGCGUGCCGCGGUGCCGUUCCGAGUCGGUUCCGCCAUCAUCGGGCCCAAAGGGGCCCAUGUGCAAGCGCUGAAAGAGGAGGCUGGCGCUAAGAUCAUCAUCGACAAGGAGCACCAGCAAGGCCACCAGGCCUGUCGCUUGGCUGCGCGGCCCGAGGGCCUCAGGAUAGUGCUGUCCCGCAUCAGUGAUUACAUGGCAGAAGAUGCUGCCCAGAGGCCGAGUGAGUUCGACAGCUGGGCGUCCAUCCGGAACUUCGGCCAGCAGGAGGACGGACACGGCGGUUACGGCCAAAGCCAUAGCCGUGACGGCCAUGGAAGAGACAGCUACUCUCGAAACGGCAGGGAAAGCUAUGGCCGGGAAAGCUACGGCCGGGAAAGCCAUGGCCGUGAAAGCUACGGCCGGGAGGGCUAUGGCCGGGAGGGCUAUGGCCGGGAUGGUGGGAGGGAUGGACACAACAGCUACGGUGGUUCUCCAGCAAGUCACGGGGGUCACGCCCAGGGCCUGAGAGGUCCUGGCGCCACGUCUUGGGACCAGGCUGGUGGCGCCCGGAGUCGCAGUCCAGGCCGCUUUGCAGCAACGAGGGCACACCUGCCUGCAGCUGGGCCCCUGGAGGCCCAGCGGUCCUUUCAAUUGGAGGGUCUGUAA